AAUGCAGUGGAAACAACAUAACUACGCUAGUUCUCUCUUAACGAGAGAUUUAUGUCCUAGUAUCAUUGUUGCUCCAACCGAGUGGGUCCUACAAUUUUUUUUUUGUAAAGAAUGCUUCUUUUAUGGAGAGAAUCCCUUCUGUCUUUUAAUGCUCCUUAACAGAGGAUUUUAGCUCCAAACACGCUUAUCGCAUUCAGUAACCAGCUACUAUUCUUGCCUAGCAAAAGUUUAAGGGCAAAGACAAGAAGCUGUACCGAUUUUUUCUCGUACUUCGUUAUCUUCCUUCAAGGCCUGGAUGAUAUCCAACGGCACUUGGAGCAACGCAGCAAUGAAGUAAAAAAUCACCGUCAUUAUGGUUAUACUCGGCACAUCAAUCUGCAACCCACAUUUUAUGAUGGUUACGCAUGGUACACCAAUGCCCAAUUCACACAUUAUCUAAUGGUUUUGCUUGGCACAUCAAUCUAGAGCUCACAUUUUAUCUAUGUACACAGAGAGAUGCAAUUCCUUGGAUUGUCCUCCACAUGUCCAAUACAUUUAAAUAACAUGCCUGCGGUGCCAAAUGGCGUUCAAUCUGGGUUUUGUCAUCAAUCCAGACCCGCAUGGAAACUUAGUGGGAUUCUUAAAAGGAAGAAAAACAGACGACUUCUGACCACAGUUCUGGCGACAACAUUGAAAUCCAUCGGCAUAACAAGAGACCCAACUGACCAUUCCUCAGAAGAGAGCUUACGGCCUUCUGCAAUGGUUUUACCGCGUGACAGCCUGAUGGUCUGUGGAGGAGCCACAUUGUCAGGACAUGUGCAUAUCAGUGGUGCUAAGAAUUCAGCAUUGGCUGUUUUGGCUGGAACCUUGUGUUCAGCAGGUAUUUCAGCUCUGCAGAUGAUUCCGGAUCUCCAUGACACUAGAACCAUGAUGGAAAUCCUUCGUUCUAUUGGGGUGGAGGUAAAAAGAUCAGGUUCAGAAGUGGUAGUCAAUACAGAUUGUAUUAAGAGUGUGGAGCCAUGCUCAGAUGCGGUGAGGAAGCUGAGGGCUAGUUUUUUGGUCAUAGGUCCUCUGCUGGCUCGACAUGGUGAGGCACACGUGGCUCUUCCUGGAGGCUGUAAUAUUGGAGCGAGGCCUAUUGACCUGCAUUUGAGAGGGCUUCAAGCACUUGGUGCCCACGUUGAGAUUAGACGGUGGGAGACGGGCGGAUACGUUAGUGGGAAGUCUCCUCUCUAUGGAGACGUUUCCAACCAAGUUUCCGGUGCGGGAUAUGCGUCCGAGUCUCCGGUACUCGUACCCAGGGGCUGGGUACGAGUACCCAUGCAACCUUGCUGGAAAGGUAAAGUACAUGCCUAUGCAGCCAAUGGAAGGAGGCUAGUUGGGGGUACAUUUUAUCUUGAUUAUCCAAGUGUUGGAGCUACAGAAACUCUAAUGAUGGCUGCUUCAUUGGCAGAUGGAGAAACAACACUUUCAAAUGUAGCCCAGGAGCCAGAAGUUGUUGAUCUUGCAGAGUACUUGAUUGCAUGCGGGGCUUGCAUCCAUGGAGCAGGAACAAGUACUCUUACUAUUAAGGGUAUGAAAAAGCUGUAUGGUGCUGAUUUCACUAUCAUACCUGAUCGUAUAGAGGCCGGUACAUUUUUUAUUGCUGCAGCUAUUACCCGCUCAUCACUUUCAAUGUCUCCUGUUGUUCCAAGGCAUUUAUCAUCAGUGAUAGGCAAGCUUGAAUACAUGGGCUGCAAAAUUCAACACACAGGGCCUGAUAGCUUACAGAUUAUACCAUCGGAGUGCUGUAGAGGUGUGGAUAUGACAACGCUUCCAUAUCCUGGAUUCCCUACUGAUUUACAGCCUCAGUUUAUGACACUUUUGGCUACUUGCAGUGGCCAAAGUGUUGUAGAAGAAACAGUCUUUGAAGGGCGCAUGCGACAUGUGGAAGAGCUGCAGAAACUUGGAGCAAAAAUAAGGGUUAGUAGAAAUAUUGCCAUCGUAAGUGGGAAUGACCAGGGGAGUUCAUUAUAUGGUGUUCCAGUAGAAGCUACUGAUCUCAGAGCUGGUGCUGCACUAAUCCUUGCUGGUAUGGCUGGGGAGGGCACUACACAUAUUAAUGGAGUGAGCCAUAUUGACAGAGGUUAUGAAAAUAUUGAUGCCAAACUUCGUGCUCUUGGAGCCAAUAUUGAGAGGCUGCCUCGCUUACCUUGUGAUCUAACACUACAACUAAGAUUUGAGCUAGGUGUUUUACGAUAGUUGGUUUCAAAUUCCUGCUUUGGGGAACAUUCUUCAACCAAAGACUCUUACUUUGGGAAAGUUACUAUUUACUGUGUCUGGUGUACUUUUGUUUUUCUGGAUUUGGAUUAAACAAGACAUGAAAAGAUACAGGGGCUGCUGAAUUGAUGCUUCAAUUUACUAGUCUGGAUCCUAUCUGAGGAGUUUUUGCGAGAUUUUUUUCAUGGUGGUUUAAGCUCAUUUUAUCCGUGGAGGGCAAAAUAAUUCAUGACAGAGGCAUCAGAGUUAUCAACUGGAGUUUAACCAUGUGAUUUUGGAUUUUUGAGCAAUUGUUACUGAGUCAUUCUAUUCUUUCUUCUCAGCAAUUUCAUAUCUUGAUUCUUUGGUCAUCGUGAUGUCCUUUAUCAGAUUCGUUUGAUUACUUAAAAGAUUGUGUAAAAUAAUUUCGAGGGAUAUUAUCCUCGUAAGCAUCCCAUUACAAUAUGGUCUCAUUUAUAAAGGUUUCUCAUUAAGUUCA